UUUGACAUGUACCGGUAGGUACAACCCUAGAUUGAUCUCACUUUCUUCUCAUCUCUCAGUUCUGUUCUGUCUGAGUUAACGAAGAAGACCAGACCAGAGGAAGAAAGAAUCAACGAUGUCUUCACCUCACUCACCUUCCGGUUCCGACUCAUCCACACCACUUCUCCGUUCACGGCAAUCUUCUUCACCACGGCGUCAACCUGUAAUCGCGGUGCUAUUAGGCCGAGCUUCAGGUAGACGAGGAGCUUCGAUGUUGGUCAGAGAGACAGCUGCUCAGGAGCUUGAGGAGCGACGAGCUGACUGGGGUUACUCGAAACCUGUUGUGGCUUUGGAUAUGCUUUGGAACACUGCUUUCGUUGUUGUUGCUUUUGUGAUGCUUUUGGUUUUUAAAGAUGAGAAGCCUAAUGUCCCGGUUAGGAUUUGGAUCUGUGGGUAUGCGAUUCAGUGUCUUGUUCAUGUAGUUCUUGUUUGGCUUGAGUUUAGGAAGAGGAACUCUAGAAGCCGAGAAGGGGAUUUAGAAUCUGCUCAGCAACAAGCUACGAAUCAGGAUAGUGAGGAUGAGGAUAGCGAUGAGAGGAUCUUGAGUACUAAGACUUGUGAAUCAUUGAACACUAUAAUAUCAUUUGUCUGGUGGAUCGUUGGCUUCUACUGGCUUGUAUCUGGUGGUGAGAUACUUCUUCAAAAUGCAUCGCAUUUGUACUGGUUAACUUUUGUUUUCUUGGCAUUUGAUGUGUUCUUUGCCGUCUUUUGCGUUGUGUUGGCGUGUCUUAUCGGAAUCGCACUCUGUUGCUGUCUCCCUUGUAUUAUUGCUCUUCUCUACGCAGUUGCUGGGCAGGAGGGUGCAUCAGAAGCAGAUCUCAGCAUCCUUCCCAAGUACAGGUUUCAAAGGAUGAACAAUGAUGAAAAGGAGAGUGAUGGUGGUGGGAAAAUGAUACCGGUCGAGGCAGGCAGUGAGGAUUCGGGAAACGAACGUGUGCUUCUUUCGGAAGAUGCUGACUGUUGUAUAUGUCUGAGUUCAUAUGAAGAUGGAGCAGAGCUGGUGUCACUACCUUGCAACCACCAUUUUCAUUCGACGUGCAUAGUGAAAUGGCUGAAAAUGAAUGCGACAUGUCCACUGUGUAAGUUCAAUAUUCUCAAAGGUAAUGAACAGGAAUGAAGUAACAAUAUAGAGGGAAACUUUUUUUUUUUUUAAUAUAAUGUUGUGUUCUUGUUGUAUAUAGAGAUAGUAGAGAGAAAAAGAAAAUGAAAAUGAUUGUAUCGUUUGUAUUGUAUAAGUCAUAAGACAAUUGUUUCUUUGUUGAAAAUUUGGUGUCAUUCCCUUUA